AUUACUUUAAAAAACAAAAACAAAAACAAAACGGUGUCGCACCACGAUCUUGAAGGGUUUUAGCUAUUAUAAUAGUAAGUAUCCUCAAUCUCAUAUCGUCGAAAUUAAUAAAAUUUGUUUGUGAUUGUGAUAUCAAAAGAGAAGAAAGAAGGGAGAGAUGGAGGCCAUAGACUCAGUGUUCGAUCCACUCAGAGAAUUCGCCAAGGACAGCGUCCGCCUCGUCAAACGCUGCCACAAACCCGACCGCAAAGAGUUCACCAAGGUGGCGUUCCGUACGGCCAUCGGGUUCGUGGUUAUGGGGUUCGUUGGCUUCUUCGUCAAGCUCAUCUUCAUCCCCAUCAACAACAUCAUCGUUGGCUCCUCUUGAUGUCAGUCUAGAUUGCAGGGCUAACAUGAAGGAUGGAAGUUCUCGGUAGAGUAGUCACAGCACACGGGGGAGAGCAAAGAUCUGUAUUCUGUAUUUUUUUUAAUACAUUAUCUGAGUACAUUGCCUUGUUUUCAGAUUAUACUUUUGAGUUAAAUUGAGCCGGUUUAUAUUGCAAGUUUCAUUCCAAGCCUAUCACCCUUUAAUUUGUCAGGAUGGAAUACAAGUUUGUUGACUUGUCAGCCUUGCACUUUUGGACAAAUGCGUUCUUCUUGUUGUGUAAUUUUCUCCAUAAUAAUUAAUUAAUCAUCCUU